AUGUCACGUGAACGCGCGAAUCUCUGCGAAGUUAACUACGUGAGGCCAUUUACCACGACGCGGGGCAAUCUGUCAUCACGCUCAUACUUCAUCGCCCCCGAAACUGCGAUCCCAGCCUCCUGUGCUCUUCCCAGUACCUGGUCAUCUCCAGAGCAUAAAAGCUUAGAUGGCCUAAUGUCACCUCUUCGGCGGCUGACGUCGCGGCGUACUAUGUUCUCCUUCGCUAAAAAGUCGCCCUGGCAGUUACCUCCCAACUUGGGGCCUCCAAUUCCUCAGCAGGAACCUGUUGAUGAGGAGGUUUGUCCUGAGUACAAUUGGGCGACUUUCUACCCUGCAAAUGCCGGGGAAAUACUGGCCGAGAAAUUUCAACUACUUGUCAAAAUCGGCUGGGGAUCACAAUCAACCGUGUGGCUCGCACGAGACAUUUCAAGACUCAAAUGGCAAUCUGAACAAACAGUGGCCCUAAAAAUAAUCAACAGUAAUAAUGCCGACAAUGCUCGGCAUGAGAAGGAGAUUGAACGCCACAUCAUACAGCAAAAUUCAGAGCAUCGUGGCCGCGUGAUUCUAAGGACACACCUGGAUGAUUUUGAAGUAACCGGUCCGGAAGGGAAGCACAUGUGCCUUGUGUAUGAACCGAUGAGGGAGCCUCUCUGGAUCUUACAGAGGCGUUUCGUUGACCGCAAGCUUCCUUUGCCCAUUGCGAAGGCCUACAUCUACUUCCUCCUUGUUGGCCUUGAUUAUCUUCACUCAGAGUGCAAAGUCAUUCAUACAGAUCUAAAGCUAGGGAAUAUCCUCAUGAGUUUUGAAAAUGGAAACAUUCUUACCGACUUCAUUAAACGACAACAACCGAUGCAAUGCAAGGUUGAUAGUGAGAGUGGUCGGACUAUCUACCGCUGCCAUAACGACCUCGGCGCUCUUGAUGUGAGAGAUAUCAAAAAUAUGGUUCCUAAAAUAGUCGAUUUCGGGCUUGCAGCAAAACUCGACAAGCCCUCUACUCGAAACGGAGUGGUAGGAGAGCAGCUUGGCAUAUACCCUAUCCAGCCGGACUAUUACCGUGCUCCAGAGGUAAUCCUUGGCUGCGGUUGGGACUUUAAGGCAGAUAUUUGGAACUUUGGUGUGCUGUUGUGGAAUAUCCUUGGGAGCAUGGAGUUGUUCCAGCAGGUACAUGGUACAAAAGGCCAAUACGACGCAAAGUCACACCUCGCGGAAAUGAUUGCCCUACUCGGUCCCCCCCCCAAUGUGUUACUCGCGAAAUCAAAGGCCUUGUCAGAGCACAACUGGCCCGAGCCCGUCAUGAACGACGCUGGCAAACUCUGCAACAAUGCUCAAGAAUUCUUCUACGGCCCUUUCUUUAAUGCAGAAGAUGAAUUCCGCCAUAGUAAAUUGAUCCCUUCCCGAAGCUUAGAGGACACAAUCCCAUUUCUUGAAGAGAAGGAUCGACAGGCAUUUUUAUCUUUUGUUCGACAGAUGCUCACCUGGCUUCCGGAGAAGAGGAAGACGGCUCGUGAACUGAUGGAUCAUCCAUUCCUCAAACUUAGGAGUUGAUCAACUGCCCAGUUUCUUUGGGUAAUGAAGCAAAUACCCAGUCUCAGACUAGCCUUACGCGGUCUAAGCGCUCGGGUGGGGGUUUUCAAGGAGUUAGCGCAGAGCGCCCUCCAGCUGAAAACGAGCUAGCUGAGCCUCCAAAUACAAAGCGCGUAGAAUUCGAUCCUGAGAAUAAUUUCAGGGCAUGUUGCAGCCUCUCG